AUGGACAUGUUCACUUUUCUGUUACUUGCACCUUUUUUUCUCUGGGCGUCGGGCACUCAUGUCUUAGCGGCUGGCCAGAUUCCUCUCGCGUCGGUAGCUGCGUCCUUCUCCUUGACCACAAGUACCGUGAUGCCCUAUCCUUCUGCUACUCAAAGCGCAUCCGAUACAUCAUCGUUCAUUGCAUCCCAGUGGUCAUUAAGCAAAGGACACAUUCAGAACGGCGAUACCAACGUUGCUUUUGUGAACGACCCCUUCCCAAAUUCACCGGCUCCUGGUGCGACCGUGUCAAAUACUUCUGGUCCCGUCUUACAAGUCACAUAUGCUGCUGGUACCUACGGAAGUGCAGAUUCUGGUGCUCAAUGGUACUCGCUUUGGAAUACGACAGACGGGUCUCAAUUUCAGAGCAUGUUGCUCUCCUACGAGCUUGCAUUUGAUUCCAAUUUCAACUGGGUCCAAGGGGGAAAACUUCCUGGGCUUAGAGGCGGUACCGAUGUCAACGAUUGCUCUGGCGGAGCGCAGCCGAACGGGACUAAUUGUUUUAGCACCAGGCUCAUGUGGCGAAAAAAACGCGCAAGGAGAAGGUAUAAACGCAUUUAUGCAUACAUGUUGACUCCUAACAACAUGUGUUCAGAUAGCAACAUAAUUUGCAACUCUGAUUACGGAGUAAGCAUCGACCGAGGAUCGUUUGGCUUUGAGACUGGCCACUGGUGUCGCAUCACUCUUCUUGUGCAACUGAACAAUGCUUCCGGCGUUGCGAAUGGCAACAUUAUUUUGUACUUUAACGACGUACAAGUGAUAUCGCAACAAAACUUAUACUUCAGGACUGUCAACGAUUUCGCCAUUGGGGGAUUGUACUUCUCGACGUUCUUCGGAGGAGACGAUUCCAGCUGGGCAACGCCGCAAACCGUACACACUUAUUACCGCAAUAUACAGAUGUGGGGCAGCUCCUCUCCAUCUUUACUUUCUGGACAAACGAUAAAUGCUGCGCUAUGCUCAAGUUGCAGGUUUGGAAGCAUAGUAUGGACGUUGUCUACAUCCGUUCUUCUCACUCUUUUCAUUUAUCUAUAGACUCGGAUGAGACAUGGACAAGUACGCACCACACGGACAUUUGUAUAUCACCUUGGUUGUAUCAUCUCAUUUCUAAUGUUCUCUCGCUACUACGUGCAUUUGGCGCAACCUCAGUACAAGGCUCAAGUUGUCGAUAUACAAUACUCGUCACGACAAACUUAACAGACGACGCGUCAAGUCACGUGUUUGGAAAAUCAAC